CUCUCUAAAUAAAAGUUAUAUUUUAACACAAGAUUUGUUUCAUACACAACAUAACUAUAUGAUUCAUGAAUUUAAUCAACGAUUGAAUAAACGUGUUUUAAUAAUAAUGCUCUCAUUAUGGUAUUUCGGAAGACAAAUACCAUUCUUCAGUCAUUUGCAAUGAAUUGAUUCGACAAUCUCUAGCGUGUAUACUAACACACUUGCUGGAUUUCUUAUGAACUUGUUCUGCUAUCUUAAUGAUACGAGUUAUUCUAAAGAUUUGGAAUCUAGGAACGACGCAGUAAAAUGACAAUCCUGUGUAUCUUCGCCGCAGUGGGAUUGAUGUUAUUGAACACGUCUUUCGCCAUUAAGAAUUCAAGAAAUCGAAGAGAUGUACCUAGUGUGGAUAUUCGAGAGUUCGAAAUCAUAUCAAACAUUGCGUUCCGCUAUGCUCAUGUGUCAGUGAGGAGCCUAAUGAUGAACAUGAAGGGGGUUAAUCAAGAACUAGUGUUCCGGGUGCGACUACCGAAACAUGCCUACAUUACAAGUUUCGAAAUAGAAGUUAAUGACAGAAUAAUUAAAGCACUGAUAAAAGAGAGGACAUCAGCUAAUAAAGAGUACGAAGAGGCGAAGAAAGAUAAUGUAACUGCCGGUCUUGUGAGUCAACAAAACGUCAAAGAUGACCUUGACAUUGACAUCUUUCAGAUUAAGGUUAAUGUCGCAGCACAUACUGAAAUAGAGUUCCGACUCAUUUACGAAGAAUUUUUGCAACGCAGUGUUGGAAAAUUUACACAAAAGUUAUUUAUAGAUACGGAUCACUUGAUACGGAACCUCGACAUAAAAUGCAACUUAAAAGAAAAGGAAAGAUUUAAAACAAUUUCCUUCAAAACGCCAUUUUCAAAUAAAUAUGAAAUUGUAAACGUUGUAGAUGAAUCUGAAGACGAUUUCAAAGUGAACACAAUCGAUUGGAAGCCAAGUGAGAUGGAGCAAAUUAAUUCAAAUUCUGGUAUCAAUGAACCCUUUGAUAUAACUUAUGAAUUAGAGAAUGAAUAUGAAUCAGGAAUAUUAUAUACAAAUGAUGCCGGAGAGUUUAUUCAUUUCUUUUCAGUACUUUGUAAUGCAGAAAAAAUAUUGGCAAAACAAAUUGUUCUUGUAAUUGAUAUAAGCGGGUCUAUGAGUGGAAAUCCUAUUCAACAAGUAAGGGUAGCAUUGGUUUCUAUUUUAGGUCAGCUCAGAUCAAAAGACUAUUUUAAUAUCAUUUUAUUUAAUGAUAGAAUCUCAAUGUGGAAAACAAGUUUUCAAACAGUAAAUUCAAGCAAUCUUGACAGAGCAAAGGCAUAUAUGGAAGAAAAUAUUAGAGCAAACGGCCCUACAAAUAUCAAUGAUGCUCUAUUAACAGCUGUUAGAUUAUUUUUAACCAGUCAGAUCAAAGAACAAACGGGACAAAUAAUUGUGUUUCUAUCAGACGGCUCACCAACAGUGGGUUCGACAGAUACUAAAAAUAUCUUGAAUAAUGUGAGAGUUGCAAAUUAUGGUAAUAACGAAUUAUGUUGUAUAUCAACAAUUUACCCUAUAGCAUUUGGCAGGAAUGCCGACCUUUCUUUUCUUCGAUCUCUUGCGUAUCAAAAUGCCGGUUCUCUAACUAUAAUUAAAGACAUUGACAGUAAUAUGGCUGAAAAUAAACUCAUGGAUAUGUAUAGAACCGUUGAAAAUCCGUAUUUUAAAAGCAUCAACUUUUCAUUUUCCGCCAGAAAUGAAACUAUCUCGGAGAAAAAUAUCACACAAACGAUUUUUGUUCAUUAUGACUGCGGAGAGGAAAUUGUUAUUAGCGGAAGAGGUCCUGGUGGACAAAUAGUUCAGCCUUUUGUCCGAGCAGACAAUGAGGUAUUCCUUCAAGUCGAAAGUUUUCUAUUACAAAAUGAGGAGGAUUCUGAAAGGUUAUCACGCCUUGUUGCUUACCAUUGGGUGAGGCAGCUCCUGAUGGAGGCAGAAAGCGCAGUCGAAAAAGAAAAAAGAGAUAGAGCAAGGAAACUAGCGUUAGAUUUGUCUCUUAAAUACGGCUUCGUUACUCCGUUAACAUCCUUGGUUGUCACUGAUUAUGCAAAAGAUGACACGUCACAGAAAGGUCCCGGUAACAAAAAGAUUUUUUGUUAAUUCUGUGGGUAUAAGUAAUGCUAUAAGAAUAUCGAUGAGCGCUAACUGUUUUUUCAUUGGAUUUAUUUGUAAUUCUAUUUUAAUAUUGCUUUAAAGGCCAAUUAUGUCUCAGAAAUGCUGUCAAUUUUAUUUCCCGAAAACAUUCUAUUUUUGAAAUCUUGUUACGGUUUGCAAAAAAUACUGAUUUGCCAUUAAAUGAAAUAUCCUUUGCUACGUCUGCUCUGUUGGGAGUCGAUGUAAUUAAAACAAAUAAUUGUUUAUUCCGCUCUACUGCCUAUAGUUAAACCUAUAAUUCCUC